AUGUCCAAGAGAGUCAAGAUGGCCCCAAUCAACAAAAUUUGUACGCACUCAGGUUCGUUCCAUGCCGAUGAGGCACUUGCUGUGUACAUGUUAAGACUAUUACCAGAAGCAAAGGACGCUGUGGUUGUGCGUUCUAGAGAACCGGAAAAAUGGGAAGAAGCAGAUAUUGUUGUUGACGUUAGCGGUAAAUAUGACGGAAUUAAAUAUUUCGACCAUCAUCAACGUGAAUUCUCUGAAACGUUUAACGAUGUGUUCAAAACCAAACUUUCCAGUGCUGGUUUAAUCUACAAACAUUUUGGUCAAGAAAUUAUCAGGAUUAUUUGUCCUGUGCUAAGUGAAGAUAGCUAUGAUAUACUGUACAAUAAGGUUUACAAGGAAUUUAUCGAAAGUUUAGAUGCAAACGAUAACGGUAUUAAUAACUUUGAUGCGGAAGAGCUGGGCGUCACACGAAGAUUUAGCGAUAAGAACAUCACGAUUCCAGCUAUAAUCUCCAGGAUGAAUCCUAGCUGGAAUGAAGAUUGUUCCCCAGGUAAAUUCGACGAGCAAUUUUUCAAGGCCUCUAAAUUCAUCGGUGAAUGUUUCGUUAACCUAGUCGAAUCAUAUGGCAAGUCUUGGCUUCCAGCGAAGGACAUAGUAAGGCGCGCUGUAUUAAACAGAGACACUGCCGACAAAAGCGGCGGCAGCUCAAUUAUCGUUCUGGACCAAUUUUGCCCAUGGAAGGAACAUCUGUAUGAAGUGGAGAAGGAAUUGAACAUUGAAAAUACUAUUCUUUUUGUCCUCUUCGAAGACUCCUCCGGCUCUUGGAGAGUCUCCACUGUCCCCGUAAGCUCCACCUCAUUUAAAUUUAGACAAGGUCUGCUCGAACCAUUGAGGGGCCUGAGAGAUGAGGAGCUGUCAAAGAAGGCUCAGGUGGAAGGCUGUAUCUUCGUCCACGCAAGCGGUUUUAUCGGUGGAGCAAAAUCAAAAGAAGCUGCAUUGCAGCUAGCUUAUAUGAGUCUUCCAUAA